AUGGGCUGCAUGGCUCAACGCUCACCUUAUGCCGGGAAGCGACCCAUCGGAUACCCUGUUAUAGAAAUCAGUACUGCAAAUUCGUUAGGAGACAGGUUUGGUGAUGAUGCCGUCUCCACAACAACUGUAAAGCUACCUGUCGAAGCUCUAGGUGACGCAGAAUUGGUAAGAAGAAUGAGUAAGCUGCCAAUAGACCAGCAACCAUUUUGGCUAAUCAACUGGAGAGCUCUGGAGGCACAAAGGCAAAACCCUCAGUCUUUUCCACUAAAGCCUAACACUUUUAUUGACGGAAUGAUGUUCCAAAGAUAA